AAUUUCUUUCCUCUUCACUAAAAGCUAUAUACAUACCUUGGCAUUUGGCCAAACUAUACUCACUAAUUCUUGAAGUUAUUUAAACAUGGAUAUGGUGAUGAAGUUGGGAACAUCAAGCUCGGUGGUGAUUUUCACCAAGAGUAGUUGUUGCAUUUCUCACAGCAUUGAAACACUGAUCCGUAGUUUUGGAGCAAACCCUACAAUUUACGAGCUCGAUACACAUCCAAAUGGGAAGCAAAUGGAGAAGGCAUUGAUGGAACUAGGGUGUCAUCCAAGUGUGCCAGCAAUAUUUAUAGGGAAAGAGUUAGUUGGUGGUGCUAAUGAGAUAAUGAGCCUUAAUGUGAGGGGAAAGCUUAAACAAUUGCUCAUUAGGGCUAAUGCCAUUUGGGUAUAGGGAAUUAAUUAAUUAAUAAUGACUAGCUAUGUAUAUAGCAAUUAGUCUAAU